AUGUGUGUAAAUGAACAACAGUACCAGCUUCACAGUGAUCAGCCGAUAUUGCAAAAGACAAAACUUGGAUGGAUCGUUGCAGGUCCCAUGCAAUUACCUUCUCAUCAUUCCAGAACGGUGUGCAAUUCAAUUACAAAUCAACAAUUGCAUAAACAAGUCGAACGAUUUUGGGAAAUCGAGAAUCAUUCUAUAAAAAAGAUUUCCUCUGAGCUCAAUCCACUGGACGAUCUUGAACAGCACUUUCUGUCGACAACUGAACAAGAUAAGGACGGACGAUUCAUUGUAACUAUACCAUUCAAGGAUGAGGUUAAUGAUCUCGGUGAGUCCUACACUAGGGCACACAAAUGCCUGCUUGAUUUGGAAAGGAAAUUGAGUAAGCAGCCUGAAUUGAAAAAAGCAUAUUCGGAAUUUAUGGAGGAUUACGAGAAUCAAGGACAUAUGGUUAUGAUUUCAGCUAGAGAAAUAAAAACUGACAAGGUUGUGAAUUAUCUACCUCACCACGCUGUCUUGAAGGAAGGAACUACGACGACGAAGAUACGCGGUGUUUACAAUGGAUCAUUCCCCACUUCUACCGGACUUUCUUUGAAUCAAGUGCAGCGAGUUUGUCCCAUCGUUCAAAAUGACCUCAUUUCUAUUAUGCUGCGUUUUCGACAACAUCCCAUCGUUAUAUCUGCUGACAUUGCACAGAUGUAUCGUCAAAUAAAAAUUAAUAAAAAUCAACAGGACCUUCAGAGAAUUUUAUGGAGAGCAGACCCAUCUCUGCCUAUUUGCCACUAUCGCCUUACAACUGUCACAUAUGGGACCGCGUCAGCUCCGUACUUAGCCACGCGAGUCUUGCGACAAAUUGGAGAGGAAAACAAGAAUAGCUAUCAUGUGGCCAGCGAAGUCAUCAUUCGCGAUUUCUACGUGGAUGACCAUCUCACUGGAACUUCUACUGUAGAGGAAGCAAGACAGCUGAAAGAGGAAAGUACGAAGCUUCUUGCAGCAUCAGGAAUGGAACUUUGGAAAUGGGCCUCCAAUGAACCACGGGUCUUCAGCGAUUUAAAUCAUUCGACGUCAGAAAGAAUGAUUAAAUCUGAUAAGGAUCCUAGGACUUUAGGAUUGUUUUGGAAACCGGAAACGGAUGAGCUUCAAUAUUUGGUUAAAGAACAGGAAAAACAACAAAUAACGAAACGAAGUAUUUUAUCCACAACUGCGAAAAUUUUCGAUCCCUUCGGCCUGGUGGGUUCAGUUAUUAUUCGUGCGAAGAUUAUUCUUCAAAAAUUGUGGGAAUUAGAACUUAGUUGGAAUGAAGCUCUUCCCCAAAAAUUUACAAACUCUUUGGACUGA